AUGUCGAAACAGCCAGUUUCCAAUGUCAGAGCCAUCCAGGCAAAUAUCAAUAUCCCAAUGGGAGCCUUUCGGCCAGGAGCUGGGCAACCCCCCAGAAGAAAAGAAUGUACUCCGGAAACGGAGGAGGGUGCUCUUCCCACUUUGGAUGAGGAGAAGAAGCCAAUUCCAGGAGCUAAGAAACUUCCAGGACCUGCGGUCAACCUAUCUGAGAUCCAGAAUAUUAAAAGUGAACUGAAGUAUGUCCCCAAAGCUGAACAGUAG